CAGCGAUUCCAGCGUGUGCGAGCUCCAAACUGCUUCCUCCCAUCGGAAAGCCCUUGGUCAGGUUCCAGUUACCUUUCAAAUGGUACAGGGCACCUUGACUUCCCAGGACGCAGAGGAGCAGGGUUUCAUUUUCCUUCACCAAUACUUCAAGGCACAGAGGAGGUGGUAAAGGCAUUGCCAUGAAACCUAACUUGAAGCAAUGGAAACAACUCAUGCUUUUUGGUAUCUUUGCAUGGGGCCUGCUUUUCUUGGUGAUAUUCAUCUAUUUUACAGAUAGCAACACUGCUGAACCAGUUCCAAGUUCCUUUUCUUACAUUGAAACCAAGAGACUUCUGCCCCUUCAGGGCAAGCAGAGAGUCAUCAUGGGAGCCAUUCAUGACCCAUCAUUCUCUGAAACCAUUGAUGGGAACGAGGUACUUCUUAAUGAAGAUCUCCUAGGUACUUUUAAAUCUGGGACUGCAAAUUCUAAGAAAUGGACUGUAUUGGAAGAGGACUUUAGAAAUGAAGAUGAGUUUUUUCCACCCCAGUUAGGAAGAAAAUCAAAAAGUGCUUUCUAUCAAGUGAAUGAUGAUUAUUUAUUUGCUGCUGGUCAGCCUCAGUCACACAACCGCCUUCAAGAGACAGAAAAAUUCAUUUCGGCUGAUGUGAAUAAUCCAAAAGGAAAUGUUUUACAGAGCAACUGGAGCCAUCAGAGAAGAACGAGGAGAAGGAGCACAAAGCAUAGGAGAGGCCAGAUGCUUAAUGAAUCUGAUGACUGGGAUGGGCUGUAUUCCACAAUGUCGAAAUCCUUUCUUUACAAGCUUUGGAAAGGGGAUGUCUCUUCCAAGAUGCUAAACCCUCGACUGCAGAAGGCGAUGAAAGAUUAUUUGAGUACCAAUAAGCAUGGGGUGCGGUUCAAGGGGAAGCGAAACUCCAAGUUGACAGGAGACCAGCUAUUCUGUGAGCUAAAAGAAAGAGUGAAUGUGAAAACAAUAGAUGGCAAGGAGGCUCCCUUCUCCACUCUUGGAUGGGAAAAGCACGUUCCCCAAAUUCCACUGGUCAAAUUAUAUACACAUGGCCUUGGGAGCUGUGCAGUAGUUAUGUCUGCUGGUGCAAUACUGAACUCCUCUCUGGGGGACGAAAUAGAUUCUCAUGAUGCUGUUUUAAGAUUUAAUUCUGCUCCAACACGUGGCUAUGAAAAAGAUGUUGGCAAUAAAACAACCAUGCGGAUCAUUAAUUCUCAGAUUCUCACCAAUCCCAACCAUCACUUUGUCGACAGCUCCUUGUAUAAAGAUGUUAUUUUAGUAGCCUGGGAUCCUGCUCCCUACUCUGCAAAUCUGAAUGUGUGGUAUAAGAAACCAGACUACAAUCUCUUCACUCCCUACGUACAGCAUCGCAGGAAGAAUCCUACCCAGCCAUUCUACAUCCUCCAUCCAAAGUUCAUAUGGCAGCUCUGGGACAUCAUUCAGGAGAACACUAAAGAGAAGAUACAGCCCAACCCUCCUUCUUCAGGGUUUAUUGGUAUCCUCAUCAUGAUGUCCAUGUGCAAUGAAGUGCAUGUGUACGAGUACAUCCCUUCGGUGCGACAGACCGACCUGUGCCACUACCAUGAACUCUACUACGAUGCAGCUUGCACCUUAGGGGCCUACCAUCCCCUGCUCUACGAGAAGCUCCUGGUGCAGAGGAUGAACAAAGGUUUGCAGGAUGAUCUCUAUCGGAAGGGGAAAGUAAUUUUGCCAGGGUUCAAAGCUGUCAAGUGCCCCAAACGAAAGAAUUUCCCAUACUUCUGGAAGUAAUUAUUUCAGAAACAAUGUGCAAUAAGGUACUACUGUCGUACUAUAAACAAGAAGAGAAUACUUGAAAAAAUAUAUCUUAGACCAAUCUAGUCUUGAGUCUAUAAAUUGUAAUUAAGUAGCAGGUGUGAGAAAUUCUUCUUUUCUGAGCCUGAGUAUUUAUUACUGCUUUGCAAAUAGUUACAGAAUAAAAGCAAAAGCUUAGUUCAUGAAGGUGCAAAGGACAUAUUUAGGCAGAAAUAUAAUGUAUCAUUGUUGGUGUGACUGUCAGAAUUUGUCGGUGGUCUCAUGCCACAUAUGCUAGACUGUAAGUUUUUUUAAAUGAAUUUAUUUAAUUGUCAAACCUGGGAUUGUGAAACAGCCUCCGUUGUUCAUGUAUGUACAGAGCGGCCAGUUGAACAAUGCAGCAUUUCCUGUGACUCCAUGGGAUUUUCACACUGUCCCAGAAUGAAGCAAUUGCUACUCCAAGCUGUGCAGUCCUUCACUAGAGCAGACUUUAGUGCCUGUUCCUACACAGGCUCAGUUCCAGGCCUCCAGCUGAACAGGGGUUUAGGGUAGCCCUGAAGUGUGUGCAGUCAGAGAUGGCUGCACACAGCUAAACCAGUUAAACCACUGGAUGUGGUUUUGGAUGCCAGUCUCCCAUGCUCACACUGACUGAAGGGGGAAGAGAGAAACCAUUUCUUUAGAGAAAAAAGAACAUAUUUGUCACCCAGUUAGGAAGAAAAACUCUCCCUGAAAGGACUAUCAGGAAGGUGUGAGAUGGAAAUGGUGCCUUCCCCCUGUCUGUACAGAUACAAAAGAUCCAAAGAAAGCCAAGGGAGGCUGUGCAGCAUUCACUGAUUACACUGAAAAGCAAGCAUAGAGGGGCUCACCACUUGUCAACAAAGAUAGCAUUCAGGAAUAUAGACAUGAAUUUUAGGUGUUUCAUUGGUAUCUGAAUCAAAGUCACUUGUUCACAAGUUCUUGCUGUUCAGAAAGGCAAAGUUUUCUGACAAACGAAGAUGAUAUCAGCAUUUUUUACUUAAUGCUCGAAAGACUAUAACCCAGAAAAGCUGUAAUGCCUGCAAAAAACCUGACAACAGAUUGCAUAUGGAGAUGGUUUGAUAUUUUCAUUCAUAACACACAAGGACAAUAUUCCUUAAGGCAAUUCUAAAAGUUAAUGCUCUAGAGUGGUUUUCUCUCUUUUUUGGUUUGGUUUGGUUUUUUUCCCACCUGACGGUACAUUUUCUUUUAGAGUAAGUUCAGCAGGAAUAUGUGUACACAAAAGCACAGGUAUAUCCUACUCAUGUCCAUCCAGUAAAAAAAGAAGACAGCUGAAAGGGACAUUGAAAAGAAUAGCUGACUGGUUGUGGUAGAAAGUGUUUUUUGUGUUUUGAUUUAGGCAAAAAGCUUUUUGCCAGAAAGGCAAAGAAAAGUAAAUAAUAUUAAUUACUAUUUCACCUUCAAUUGUAAUGUGAGGAUAAUCAUAAAAUCCUUUUUCUCUUGCUCAGCUCUUUGGGAAGCAGUAUUGGAAGGAUCUUUUGGAAGGAUUAUUUUCCUUCCUCGAAAUGAGGAAUAAAUAUCUUACAUAGGACUUAGCCUUCUUUUUGGGCUUUAUUAUGAUCUUAAGAUUCUUCUUGUUGACAGAAAUCAUGUAGAUGAUCUAAUAACUGUACUUCUGUGUUGUAUGGAAAGUUAUGUCCAUAAGGCAUUUUGGUACAUAUCAAAAUUAAUAAGUUUUACUCAUACUGGGCUUGGACUCUGGAUGUAUUACACACCAAUUUCUUUUUAAUGUUAUGUGUGGUGGCAACUUUUAUUCUUGAAGUUAAUAACAUUCUUAUUUAAAUGCAUGGAGGAUAGAUAGCCUACACGGAACUAAUCUAUUUUUCCAUAUAUUUCAUACCCGGUUUGCAAAACAUAAGCAGUCUAAACAGUGCAAUUAAAUAUGUCUCUCUCUGCUGUACCCUGGGUUAGCUAUGACAUAACUGUAAAGGAAGAGAGUUUAGCUUUCUAAGACUAGUAAAGAUGCUACUUUUCAAUAAGCAGAAACGUCUAGAGUUCCAAAAAGAAAAAAAAAUCACUUUGUCUGGCUUGCAACCACUAACUUUUAAUUUCGAUUUUCACAAAGAAGAAAAAUACUAACUGCAUUGCUCAACCACCCAGAGCAGGAUGAUAUAGUUUUAUUUAUUCUCUCAAUAAUUUUUCAGAAUAAUCAACAUAGCUGUUGCUUAUACAGAACAAGGCAAAUUAUAAUGUUUCAUGUAACAAAAGCUAAGCAUACCGACUCAGUACAUCAUUUAUAUAUCAAUGCAGAACCAGGUCUGAGAUGUUAUAUAAGGAACUGUAUGUUUUUUAAUUUACUGGACUGCACACUCAAGCCCUUGCAGCCAAAACUUUUCUUUGCCAUAUCCUUCUUUAUAUGGCAGUCGGUCCUCCUUCCAUAAGUGCAAAUGCAGUUGUCGUAGCACCAUCACCUCAGAAGAUGCUGCAGAGCUGUGCUGCAAACGUUUGCUCACAGAGGAGGAAGACCAACCUGUGAUGCCAACCUUUAAAAAAUGAACCUGGAAUGGCUUUCUAACACUGGUAUCCACUGUGAUGUUUUACUGGUCUGCCUGCUCAAACACAUUGUGGUUGUUUAAAGAGCAUUUUCUCUCCUACCUUGUCUUGUCCUCCUUCAGACUCUGGCACAAGUGCGAGUGUGUUUGAUCUCCUAAUUGAGGGCUCCCCUCCACUUGCUGCAAGGGGUGAAGGGGCAGAAAUUAAGGGGAAACAUAGAGGACCUGCAGAGCUGCUCCUCUCACCACUUCUUACUCUCGGUGGCAUUGGCAUUCUGGCUUUUAUAAGAGCCCUCAGAGUGUUUUAGAAUUCAUGGGCAUUUCCCCGUCCCUUGUGAGACCUGAGAAAUGUUUGCAAAGAACCACAUUCAGUAAAUUUAAAACAGUCGACGUGUAACAACACUGAACCACAGCUCUUCUAAAAAUAAUGGGUGAGAGUGCUGGGUUUAGAUGCAUGGUAAAUGCAGCAAUGUGAAAGGAAGUGUAUUUUCUCACCAAGAUCAUGGGACUUUUUGGGGAAAAGAUACAGGCAUGGCUUCAUAGCUCUCCCAUGUGGCUUCCCAC